AUGUCGACGGCGUCCGACAACACCAGCUCGACCCAGCCGUUUCACACACUCAGUGUCCAUGACACUGCAGCAGCUCUUAAAACUGACCUAAGUUCCGGGCUGCACGACUCUGCUCAGGUUGCAGAGAUCCGUGCACAAUGCGGCGAAAACUCGCUGGGCGAUGACUCCAAAAUCGACUUCAAAGCCAUCUUGCUGCACCAGAUCUGCAACGCCAUGAUCUUGGUGCUCUUCAUCUGUAUGGUCAUCACAUUCGCCGUCCGAGACUGGAUUUCAGGAGGUGUCAUCGCCUUCGUUGUGUUCGUUAACGUUGCUAUUGGCACGGUCCAGGAAUACAAGGCCUCCAAGACUAUGAACUCGCUGAAAAGUCUCAGCACUCCAUCUGCACACGUCAUCCGCAACGGCAACGACGAAAUCAUCCCCAGCAAAGAUCUGGUACCAGGAGACCUCUGUGUGGUCAAGGCCGGUGACACCAUUCCUGCGGACCUUAGACUCGUGGAAUGUGUCAACUUUGAAACUGACGAAGCAUUGCUCACUGGAGAAUCAUUGCCCAUUGCUAAGGAUGCCUCUCAGGUUUACCCAGCAACCGAAGAUACCCCUGUUGGCGAUCGUCUAAAUUUGGCAUUUGCCAGCUCCACCGUCUCUAAAGGUAGAGCCACCGGUUUUGUCGUUCAAACCGGUCUCAACACUGAAAUUGGGAAAAUCGCCAAGAGUCUACAAGGAGGUUCCUCUCUUGUGUCCAAGGAUGAGUCCAAAUCUUUUACUCAAAACGCAUUCAUCACUCUAAAGACAACAGUAGGUUCAUUUUUGGGAACAAGCACAGGAACACCUCUACAUCGCAAACUUUCCAAGCUGGCUGUGAUCCUCUUCUUCGUGGCAGUCCUUUUCGCCAUCGUUGUGAUGGCUACCCAGAAAUAUAACGUCAACAAAGAAGUUGCCAUUUAUGCCAUCUGCGUGGCUCUCUCUAUGAUCCCUUCCUCUUUGGUAGUGGUGUUGACCAUCACUAUGUCGGUGGGUGCCAAAAUUAUGUCUACCAGAAAUGUGGUUGUGCGUAAAUUGGAUUCUCUCGAAGCCCUGGGCGCUGUCAACGACGUUUGCUCUGAUAAAACGGGAACUUUGACUCAAGGUCGCAUGAUUGUCAAACAAGCAUGGGUCCCCUCUUUCGGAACCAUUAUGGUAUUGAAUUCCAAUGAGCCUUUCAAUCCAACCGCCGGCACAACGCAAUUGAUUCCCAGGUACUCGCCUAAUGAAUAUCGUCAUGACGAAAGCAAAGACGUGGGUAUUAUUCAGCAAUUCAAAGACGUCUACCUCAAAAAUGCUCUUCCAAAUGAGGUUAAUCCAAAGCUUUUUGCUAAUUGGUUAAAGACAGCUACGUUGGCUAACAUUGCUCAGGUUUAUAGAGACUCUGAAACUCAGGAAUGGAAAGCUCAUGGCGAUCCUACUGAGAUUGCGAUACAGGUUUUUGCUCAUAGAAUGGAUCUUCCAAGACCAUUGCUAACAUUAGAGGGUCAGUCAGAUGACAGCGACAAUGAAAAAAACGUUUCCAACAGAAAAGCUGAUUACGUGCAUGUUGCCGAAUACCCCUUCGACUCAUCAGUGAAAAGAAUGUCGGCAAUUUACUCCAGCACCAAAGAAAAUAAUAAGCACUGUGUGUUCACGAAAGGUGCAUUUGAGCGUGUGCUUACUUGCUGCACACAUUGGCUACCAUCUGGGGACAGUGACGAGUCCAAUGCCCAACCAAUGACUCAGGAUGACAAAGAUGAAGUGUUCAAAAACGUUGAAAUUUUAUCCUCAGAAGGUUUGAGAGUUCUUGCUUUUGCCACAAGAAGCUUUACCGCGCAAGAAGCUCAAAGCUUGGGAGAAAAACUAACCAACAACCGUGAUUUUGUUGAAAACAACUUGAUUUUUCAAGGUCUAGUUGGUAUUUAUGACCCUCCAAGAGAAGAAACUGCAGGCGCCGUUAAGAAGUUUCAUAAAGCAGGCAUCAAUGUGCACAUGCUUACAGGUGAUUUCCCUGGCACUGCGAAGGCAAUUGCUCAAGAGGUUGGUAUUCUGCCUCGCAAUUUUUAUCACUAUCCAAAGGAAGUUGUUGAUGCUAUGGUUAUGACCGCUACUCAAUUUGACAACUUGACUGACAAUGAAAUAGAUGCCUUACCUGUUUUGCCACUGGUAAUCGCCCGUUGCAGUCCAGCAACCAAAGUGAAGAUGAUAGACAGUCUUCACCGUAGAGAAAAGUUUUGCGCAAUGACCGGUGACGGUGUCAAUGAUUCACCAAGUUUGAAAAUCGCCAAUGUUGGUAUUGCUAUGGGUAUUAAUGGAUCAGAUGUCGCAAAAGACGCUUCUGACAUUGUUUUGAGUGAUGACAACUUUGCUUCUAUCCUUAAUGCUGUCGAAGAAGGUAGAAGAAUGACAGACAAUAUUCAAAAGUUCGUUUUGCAAUUAUUGGCUGAGAAUGUUGCUCAGGCUCUUUAUCUUAUGAUUGGUCUUGCAUUUUUGGAUAAAAACCAUUUAUCAGUUUUCCCACUCUCACCUGUUGAGGUUCUAUGGAUUAUUGUUGUCACUUCGUGCUUUCCAGCAAUGGGUCUCGGUUUAGAAAAACCUGCUCCUGACAUUAUGGAAAAACCACCAAAAGAUUCAAAAGCUGGCAUUUUCACCUGGGAAAUCAUUUCCGAUAUGUUUGUCUACGGUGUGUGGAUGGCGGGCUGCUGUCUGGCGUGCUUUGUGUCCAUUCUCUACGGAAAAGACGGAGGACAGUUGGGAAGCAACUGCAACAACAAGUAUAGUGAAAGCUGUCAAUACGUCUUCCGCGGCCGUGCUGCAGCAUUUGCGACCAUGACAUGGUGCGCUUUGAUUUUGGCGUGGGAGGUCAUAGACUUGAGAAGAUCUUUUUUUAAAAUGCAGCCUGAGACAGACACUCCUUACACCCAAUGGUUGAAAGACAUUUGGUCCAAUCAAUUUUUGUUCUGGUCGGUUGCGUUAGGUUUUGUUUCGGUAUUCCCCGUCGUAUACAUCCCCGUGAUCAACAAAGAAGUGUUCAAGCAUUCGGGAAUCACCUAUGAAUGGGGGGUAGCAGCUGCCUACACUGUGCUCUUCUGGCUGGGUGCUGAAUUAUACAAAUACUUCAAGAGAGUAUAUUACAAGAACAGAGACCGCGCGAGCGACCCAGAAAAGGAUUUGGAGAGCAAGCGUGUUCAUGAUCCUUUUGAAAAAUACAACACUUCAUACUCAGCUUCUACAUCUGUUCAAACAACAAAUGCGAUAAUGAAGACCUGA